AGAGCCGCCAUGAUGGCUUUCUGCUCAACAUGCUCAACAUGGAAAGUUUCGAAGUUGUUUUAUCGUAUUUGUGACUGAGUGCGUGUAAAUAAAAACAAUGGGAACGUACUAAAGGAAACGAAGAUUUGUUUAGUGCCCGUCUCGGACGGCCCGAGGGUCGGGAAGCUAAUUUUCAGGAAAUUUUAUGUUGCCCUUCUCGUGUGUUUUGUGCUGUCAACAAAAAUGUCUAAGCUUUCAUUUAGGGCGAGGGCCCUGGAUGCUAGUAAGCCCAUGCCUAUUUACAUGGCUGAGGAACUUCCAGAUCUUCCUGAUUAUUCAGCAAUUAAUCGGGCAGUUCCUCAAAUGCCAUCAGGAAUGCAAAAAGAGGAGGAAAGUGAACAUCAUCUACAAAGGGCCAUUGUGGCUGGGCUUAUUAUUCCAACUCCAGAAGUAUCAGACAUUCCCAGCAAAGAUUUCUAUGACAAGGUUUACCCAGCGAAUUACAAACAACCCAGGCAACUUAUUCACAUGCAACCAUUCACUAUGGAACAAGACAUUCCGGACUACGAUAUGGAUUCUGAAGACGAACGAUGGUUACAAUCUCAAACACAAAAAUUGGACCUCAGUCCUCUGAAAUUUGAGGAAAUGAUGGAUCGAUUGGAGAAGAGUAGUGGCCAAACAGUUGUCACCUUGAAUGAGGCAAAAGCAUUGCUGAAAGAGGAUGAUGAUCUCAUCAUAGCUGUGUUCGAUUAUUGGUUGAAUAAACGGUUGAAGACGCAACACCCCCUGAUUUUGACUGUGAGGACCGAACAUCGAACCGGGACGGCCGCCAACAAUCCCUAUCUAGCCUUCAGACGAAGAACAGAAAAAAUGCAGACCAGAAAAAACCGAAAGAAUGAUGAGGCAUCCUACGAGAAAAUGCUGAAGCUCAGGAGAGAUUUGUACAGGGCGGUGACCCUGUUGGAGCUCGUGAAACGACGUGAAAAAAUCAAAAGGGAAUAUGUGCAUUUGACUGUGGAAGUUUUUGAGAAGCGAUAUCAGGCCAAAGAUUUCAGCGGGACUGUCAUGGCCGAGGCUUCUGCAAUUAAGUCGUCUAGGCCUGCGUUCACCCCGAUCUUCCACAAUCACUAUCCAAAUCAAAUUUGGGCUAAUAAGACUGUUUUAAAGGACGAGGUUAUACCGAGGAGAGAAAAAAGGCAAUAUAAGAAACGCAAGCACAAGUCAUUGGGUUCUGGUCGAUCGGCCGGUGGUGUGGAUUCCCUUGGAGGAUUGUCAUCUGACGAGGAAACCAUAAUUCCGCAAUUAUCUCCCGAACCAGAAGAAGCCGAUGAUGAGAGCCAGUUUGCCUUUAGAAGGAACAAGCUGUGUUCUUAUCAUAUGCCUCUACCGCAACAAGGAAACUGGCCGUGGUGUUCGAAAGAAGAGAACGGUCUGGCCGACAAGCGGUUCCGAUUCUCGUUGACGUCUCUGUCGAACCCUCAGAGGUGCAUCGGGUUCGCCAGGAGAAGAGUGGGACGAGGCGGCAGGAUCAUCCUGGAUCGGAUCUCCACGAAUUAUGACGACUUCUGGCGAACGCUGGACUUCUCGAUAACGGAACCGUGCCAGGAAUCGUCCGCGACAAUUGACGCGAACACGUCGGUCCGGGAAAUAGACGUCAAAAGUGUCAAAAGUGAACCUAGUUUUAGUCAAGUUAGUUGUGGCAGUGUGCGGACAAAUGACUGCCUCGGUUUUGAUAGUGUCAAAGUUGAAGUGAAGACGGAGCCUGUGGACGAGCUAGAAGGUGUGGUGCCUCUGGAGCCUGUUUACAACAAGGAGGAGAAGGAUGAUAUGGUCGAUUUUCUCAGGUCCCUAAGGAGGGAUGGUUUACAUUUCCGGCCGAAAACCCCUCCACCCGACCAUGAACCACCUUGUAACAUGCUCUUGUCAGAGGACACGUUCUUCAACCCCAGUGCCAACAUGCCCUUCUCCAUGGAGAUCCAGACAUUGGACACGCGGAGUAGCACCCUCUUGGACACCUCCACCUACAUUACCGACCCGUUCACGUUGGACAACUUGGACCUCGACACAGCAGUCACGGACACGAGGCAAUCCCUGUCCUCUGCUCUGAAUACGCUUAUACCUAGUGUUAGUAGUACCAGUAACGUUCUGUAUAACGACAGCUUCUUGCUGAGUGAAUCCAGCAAUGACAGUGAUUACAGAACUAUCGGCUGUUCGAACUUUAGCGUUGUAGAUCGGGACUGUGGUAGUGCAGGCUGUUCGAAACAACAAAAAAACUUUAGCUCCUCGAGUACCUUUACUAGUCCUAAGCUUAAUAGUGUAAGUACAACAACCAAGGGGGAGGGAAGCGGCGCAAGGAGUAGUGCCGACAGCUUGCCUGCUAAUACCAACGGGCUGCUGACGCAGUUUGGUAUCGAAGUAGCAUCAAAUAAAACAAGAAAUAACAAAUUGUCAUACGCUUACUCUGGAGCUGCUGGAUAUCCAAAUGCUUCUUCAGGAACAUUGAGUCUUCACACCUCUGCCCAUACCCUUACGCUUAAUAGUCAUAGUGCCAAUAUAUUGGACAUACCUAUGGCGAACGAUUCAGGCACCAACAAAAUGGCCACGGAAGCCGCUGGAGGGCCCGUGUCGACCAAUAACAAGGCGAAAACAAUAGUUCGUAAAAACAACAUCAUCAUGGAAGUGACGUGAUCAUUGCGACCAGGCCUGCUGUUUCUAGAUAAUGGUGGGAUGUGGUUAUAUCUGACUAUGAUCAUGGUCAUGUUGCGUAACGGUUGAAGAUAUGCCUGCAUAACUAAGUUACGAUUUAUAUGAAUAUAAUAGGUAACUCCUGUCUCAUGUCACCAACUGAAGAUAUUCACCGAAUUAACUUUCAUAAUUUUCUCUGGAACCUUAUCAUUUUUCAGUAUCUUGUUUCAGUUACAAUUUACAUAGUACCAUUAAUUUGACUUAUGAAUGCUACUAAGUACUAUUAUAUUUUUACUUUUUGAAAUUUUACAAAGGUAAUUUGUUCCAAAGCUGAUGAACUGAUGAUCAAUCAGGCGGAAAAUCAGUUUCGCCUUUUAUAUUGGC